CAUAGAGCUGACAGAAAAGUGUCACGUUUCAGCAGCAUCCAUACAAAGAGAGAGGCAUGUUCAGGAUGAGCCAGUGGAGCAGCCUAGCCCUGUUGCUCUAUGCACUCACCAGCAUUGAGGUGACCAUAGCCUUUCCAAACUCCUCUCCAGUAAUCAACGCAGGCUGGGGUAACCCAGACAGACUAAUGCACCUGUACACAGCUACAGAAUGGAACAGCUUCCACCUGCAAAUCAAUCAUGACGGGCAUGUUGAUGGAUCCCCACAUCAGACCAUUUACAGUAAGUAUGAAUAUUCAUCAGUUAAGAUUUAUGGGUCUAAUAUGGGGUGCCUAUGGGAGUUUAAUAAGUAGGGCUAGCAUACCACCCCCUAAAUAUGUUUUUAAAGGAUCCGCAUUGCAAUUUAUUUUAUAAACCAUGCUAAUUUAUAUUUUUUAUAUGCAUCAAUAGUUAAAAAUUAAAUGUGGUCAACCCUAACUAUGAGAAAUGUUUCGUAAUAUUCCCUUACAUAAAAACACAGCUAUGAAUACAUUUAAGUAGAGGUUUUAUCAAGCUCUUAAUUAAUGGUGUAAUGGUAUAUAUUUUGUAACCUUUAUAAUUUAACUGCACAUACGCCUAUAUAAAGUAUUAUAUGAGGAUUAUUUAUGUAUCAGGUAACCUAGAGAAUGCUGUACAAUAUUUAAACACACUGUGUAUUGAAUUUACAGAUUACAUUUUAUAGUACCCAUAUCACAGAUGUACAAUAUAUAUUAAAGAGUGUGAGGCCAGAUAUAAACAAAUUAAGCCAUCUAAACUUACUAAUAGAACUUUUACUUAACUUUUUUUUUAAGUUAAGUGUACCCUUUGCACAAAUUAAAUUGUUUAAAAUAUACUGAAUUGAUCAUCACUGCUUCUACUGGAAGGCUAUUCUGUGUAUCUACUGCUCUUUCAGUAAAGCAAUUUUUUCUCAUAUUAUCCACCAGUCUUCAAAACGUCCAGCUUUGACAUACAUGCCUUCAUUGGUUGUGUUAUAAUUGUGUUUCAAGUGGCACUUAAAAUGUAUUGACAUUGAAGUACAAGAUGUUAAAAGGAAUAACAGGAAUUGGAUUAUAUUUCAGUUCCCAUCCUUGAGCUAUGGAUGGUGGCAUUCUGCUUAAAAUUUGCUGCAUUUGGGUGUUGCUUUUAUUAAAACUAUUCAAUAAUCUAACAUUCUCAAACAUACUGUUUUGGUAUGUUCAUUAAAAGUCAAUGUUGUUUUUUUUGGACCGGUUAUGAAAGUGAAAAAAAAAUUAAUCAAUUCAAUUUUUGUUUUCAAAAGUACUUUAUGUAACACAAAUAAUUCCAGUGGCAAGGUGAUAGAAUCCCUGUAUUGUGAAUUGAGUGAUUAGAUGCCAAUUUACUUUUUUCCAUACACGUUCAAAGCCAGCUAUAAAAUGAAUGCAACUUAUACAUCUAUACCUCCUUAUAGUAAACCACUAAUGGCAUUGUAAGACGGCACAGUGCAAUUCGACUUUGGAAAUGUCAAUAAUAAUAGUAAAAUGAUUUUUAAUUAUAUAUAUAUUAUCAUGUGGGAUAUUUCACAAUUUGUGUAUUUUUUUUUUCAAUUGGAGGGGAUUCCAAGGGAGCAGCCCCUUACAGUGCAUGUAGUAGCAGCUACAAUUAUUUGUACUUUGAUCCAUAAUAGUUCAUUUGCAGUAGAAGUGUAAGCUCAAAAUACAGAGCAGUAGUAGGCAACAUUUGGCACUCUAGGUGUUGUGGACUACAUCUUCCAUAGUGCAAUUAUAGCCAUAAUGCUGGCAAAGCAUCAGGAGAAAUGCAGUCCAUCACAUCCGGGUGUCUAAAGUUGCCUUGUUAUAGAUGUUAAUUCCAUAUGAGCAAUCAUCUUCUCUCUUGUGAUUUGGCAAUGUAAAAAUCCUGAUCUGGGUUGCAUUUUAAAGGGAGCAAGUGCCUACUCUUGUACUUGGCAACGAUUUUUAUCCUUUUUGCAGUCUUAUAAUUGUGUGUCAUUGCUUGGGGGACAAGGUAUAUUAUACUGAGGUCUCCUGACCUUGGGAACACUGCGUGCAUUAUUGUUCCUUUCUAGUUACUGUUGUUGAGUACAAUUGGAAAUGUAUUUAGUAACAUUGGAUUCUGAAUUUUUAUUUUGUAGAAUAGGGAAACUAUUAAUUCAUGCACUUGAAUAAAGACUUUGUAAAUAACAACUUAAUUUAUUUUAUAUCUUUGCAGCUGCACUAAUGAUCAAAUCUGAGUCAGCAGGAAAGGUGGUCAUCACGGGCGUCAAGAGCGGACGUUACUUGUGCAUGGACCAUAAUGGAAAUGUUUUUGGUUCAGUAAGUAUUUUAUGAAUCAAUCACCACCUUAUAGAAGUGGACACAAGGUAGAUCCAAACUGUUCUACAAAAGCGGGGGAUAUACUUUUUACCCAACCCUGGUUUAGCUGUUGAAAAUCACACUAAUUGAAUGUUAGUACCAUGGACAGUUGCCAGCAAUAGACAAGUAUUUAAUCAGUAAUUCUUCAAACUUCCGUCACACAAACGUUUCUUUGAUGGAAUGCAAAUAUAUAUAUUGGAAUCCUCUUGCAGCAGUUGUUCUGAUCUCUACUGGCGUUUUUGUUACAAAAUAACUUUUUGAUAUUAUUGUAUUGGUUUAAAGUCCACAUAAGUUUCAUACUAAUCACCAAAUGUAUUUCUUAAAGGGUGACAGCAAUUUAACAAGUGUGUUUUUCUUGUCUCAUCCAGCAUUUCUUUAGCUAUGAUGACUGCGUAUUUAAACAUGAGACUCUGGAGAACAGGCAUGAUGUCUAUCACUCUCCUAAACACAACUUUCUGAUCAGCCUUAAAAGGCCAAAACAUGUCUUCCGUCCUGGUAUGGAUGUACCUCCUUACUCCCAGUUCCUGUCAAUGGAGAACCAGAUCCCUAUUACCAAAUUUAUCACUCCAGAACCCAUCAGAAGACAUACCAGGAGUGCUGAAGAUCCAGAAAAUAUUGUAAGGACUGUAAAGAAAAAUAUCAAUGCUUCACCACCAAAAAAUGUCCAAGAAGUCUUGUCUUCAGCUCCUCAGGAACCAAUCAGACGUAACCAUAAUGAAAAAGAAGAUCCAGAUGACCCUUUCCGCAUAAUUACUUUCAGAAAACAACACCCUCGCGAGUUUUUUUCCUAAAGAAUAAUGCCACGUAUGAUUCCACUUAAAGGGUUGCAAGUGUAACCUUUUAGAAUUCUGUUAGAUACUGUAGUUGACACAUAGGUGUUUAUGUAUAGAAAGUGUUGCAUUUGUUUUCACUUUUGCACUAGUUUUGUGCAUAUGCACAAUUUGUUAUGUAAAAAAAAGGAAAGGUGCACUUUUGUAAGUCUUUUUUAUACAUUGAAAGCGAAAAAUUUGUGAACAAAAAAAAAGCAACAGACCAAAUAUAAUGAAAGAAAGGUGCAAUAAGCAAUAUUUGGCCUAACAUAAGGGGAAAAAAAAUUGAAUUCGAAAAUGCAACACUUUUUCUGCAUAAUACCCACAGCGUCUUCAAAAAUUAAGAUUUACAGAAAUUAUAUACUCAUAAUUUUAUUCAAAAUAACACUCAUAGAACGAUCCAAACCUUUUCAGGGACUACAGCCCUAACUGUACAGUUGUCAAUAUACAGCCACUCACCAGGGUCUAUUUUGAUAUAUUUGUGUAUUUAGAGUAGCCCUGACCCACCGCACUGUCCUGUAAGGACCAGUGAAUGAUCUAUGCCUUUUUAAAUUGUCAAAUCAUUUCGAAACACUUUUGCAUGAUCAGGUUUAAAGUUAAAGCAAUUCUUGCUCAUCCAUGACCUCUUGCGUAAACGUAACAUGGUUUUUCUAAAGGCCUAAAUUUAGGAGACUCCUAAUUUUUUUUGUAAGCUAAUAUGAUUAUUUUGAAAUGUGCACUUCUUUGUGAAAGAGAAACCAGCG